UUCAAGCGAUAUAUUGUCCUAAAAGGAGUACACUAUGUACUCCUGAGCUUCGGAUAAAGUCCAACCGCACUCCUAAGUUGAAGGAGAGCAAACAACCCAAGGGUCGAGCAAUAGGAUCCUUGACUCGUGAUCCUUCAGCGUUUGAACUUACUGACAAGAAGAUUAAAGAGGAAAAGAAGUCUUCACAACCAGCAAAGAGGAAGAAGCGUGUGAAGAAGUCUGAUACAAGCCAUUUCAUGUGUAACUUUCCAGCCUUUCUCCAUCCAUAUAUUGGCACAAUUACAGAUGUUGAGGAUGAUGGUAACUGUGGCUAUAGAUCCAUUGCUGCAUUAAUGGGGCAUUCCGCCGGUCAGGACGGUUGGCCUUGGGUUAGGGCUACAUUGAUACAAGAACUUGAGACCAAUGUGGUAAUGUAUAAUAGGAUGUGGGGCACAGAUGUUGUUUAUGGCUUACAUAAUCGUCUCACUCUUCCUAUUGGUGACCCGGCCACCCCUGACAAAUGGUUUCAACUGCCAGAGAUGGGAUACCUUGUUGCCACAAAGUACCAAUUGGUUCUCGUAUCCUUAUCCUCUAUGGGUUGUAACACAUACUUUCCACUGAUAGGAGCCGGCCCACGAGAUGAGCAUUCUGUUAUAGCUAUUGGACAUGUGAUAAAUCACUGGGUACAGCUCCAAUUAACUCCUGGACAUCCUAUGCCGACUAUUGCUCCCCAGUGGGAUUGGCACGCUGAUCUUGCCUCCAAAUACUGGCGCAACCUAUAUGGUCCACGUUUAGGCAUGUAUGAUGCACAAUUCCAAGCUUGGCUUGGUGCUUUUAGUGGUCAUGCGGACUAUGUGGACAUCACCACAGAUUGAAUGUUCUUGUAUUGUGUAAUAUUAAUUUGUAAACUCUCUGUAAUUUGGUAGAAUGUGACCCUUAUCACAGGUUGUUGUUAAU